UUCAGUCAUUGACGCUGAAAAUGUUUCGACACAUUCUGACUCUUCAGCAGGUUUCCAGAUGGCAGAUCUCCAGAAGCGUUCACAGGCAGCUGCUGAAUAAGGUGCCAGAGAAGCAGAAGCUGUUUCAGGAGGCUAAUGGGAUGCCAGUUCAUCUGAAGGGAGGAGUCAGUGACACUGUUCUUUACCGUGCAACUAUGGGUCUCACAGUGAUGGGAACUGCAUGUGUCAUAUAUCAACUAGUAAAGGCAGCUGUGCCUCAGAAGAAGGACUGAUGUCCGCUCCUGCCCUCAUUUCUGUUCAAAUGUGACGUUAUGAGCAUUUCACACCAUACACUUAUUCUUUCAUUUGGAAGGUAAACGGGACCAAAGUGAUUUAAAUAAAACAAACUGCCUGUCAUAACUGGA